AUGGAUCCCUACUCUGCCGAAGGCGAACUGAUCAACAUCCACAACCACUUCCACCAGGGCCAGUACCAGGAGGUCGUCGACUUUGACACAUCGUCCUUUUCGCCCGAGAACAAGCUGCCAGUCCGCCUCCUGGCCCUGCGCUCCCGCAUCGCGCUCGGCCAGGCGCAAGAGGUCCUCGCCGACGUCAAGGGCGCAUCGGAGCCCGAGCUCCAGGCUGCAGGCGCCCUGGCCCAGCAGGCGCUCGGCAAGACGGAUGCGGCCGUCGCCACGGUCGAGAAGCUCGCCGCCUCGCACGCCGACAACGUCGCCGUGCAGGUCAUUGGCGGCACCGUCCUGCAGGCGGCGGGCAAGUCGGAGGAUGCGCUGGCUCUGCUAUCACAACACCAAGGAAGCCUUGACGCCGUCGCCCUGAUCGCCCAGAUCCACCUCCAGCAGAACCGAACGGACCUUGCCAUCAAGGAAGUCACAGCCGCCAGACGAUGGGCCCAAGAUAGUCUACUUGUCAACCUUGCCGAGUCUUGGGUCGGCCUGCGGGUGGGCGGUGAGAAAUACCAGCAAGCGUUUUACGUCUUCGAGGAGCUCGCUCAAGCACCCGCUACAUCGUCGAUUAGCAGCCUCGUAUCGCAGGCCGUUUGCGAGCUGCAUCUGGGCCGCACCGAAGAGGCCCAGGCCGCGCUGGACCAGGUCAUCAAGAAGGCCCCCGAGUCGACCGACGCGAUCGCCAACCUCCUGGUGCUCAAGGCCGUGUCUGGCGCCGACACGGACGAACUGACAGCCAACUUGAAAAAGGUUGCGCCCAACCACCAACUGCUCGUGGACUUGGAAGAAAAGAGCGCCGCGUUUGAUGCGGCGGCGUCUAAAUACUCUGCCAAGGUUGCAGCAUAA